UAGUAAUUCCACCGAAUAUCGCCACUUGGGCGUCGCCACUCGACUACUGGCUGUGCGCAAAGCCUUCUCUGCACCAAACAAUUUCUCCGAUUGUUUGUUCGUUAUCAGGUUUUCUAUUGCCGGAAUCAAAUAAGUGGAGGGCCGCUGAAGUAGAUUCACCAGUGCUGAGAAAGAGGAUUUACAAUAAUCAGCAGAUCACAGUGCAUAUUUGAAGAACUCCAUUUUAGGAAGGGAAUGCAACAACUUCAACAAUUACACAUCUCCAAAUCUGCUACCAAAGGAUGAUCCAAAUAGAAAGUCUGCUACGAGAGAUAUUAUUUUGUUCGGACACCGGACGGGAAAAACCGUCAUGUUUUGUCUGUGUGAACAGUAAAAGCACAGCAUGAAUUGUUCACAGAGAUAAACCGGACGGUUCUCCCCGUCCGUUAUCCACGCAGAAUAAUUCAUCCUGCUAUGAAGGUGUUUGCAGCAGGAGUACUGGCAAGAAGCCGCAAAAUCCGCGAACUUGUUGCACCUGCUCCUUGACGAACUGCAACAAUUCAGUUCUAUUAAUGUCACGCUUCAGAAAUUUGGUUCUUGCAACGGGGUUAUUGGCCUUCGCAGCUGGUGGUUUAGCAUUUCCAUUCUUCAUUGCGACAUCAAAGGCUAAGCCUGUAAUCGAUUCGUCGAAGCCUCUACCUCCACAGGCGACUUUCCGAGGACCUUACAUAAACUCUGGUUCUCGUGAUAUUGGUCCAGACUCUGCAACUUAUCCAAAGACAUGAAUUUUUACCUGGAAGAAAUGUUUAGCUCGUCUCUGUACUAUUUUUUCUUACUGGAGACUGAGGAGAGGAGAUGAACAAUGGUACA